AAGAACCAGCAGGGAAAGAAGCUCGGGCUGAGAAUCAUCCAGGCCCUGACGUACAUCAGCGAGAACAGCGGGUGCUACAAGACGAUAUUGAACUGCAGUGAUGCGAAUAUACCGUUCUACAAGAAAUGUGGCUAUGAGAAGAAGGAGAAUGAAAUG